GCACCUACAACUAUGACUACGGCGACAUCACUCCUUCAACCCUUGUCGACAAUGACUUAGCAGGACAUCCUCUCCCUCCCACUGUCAUCAAGGAGCCGGAAACGACUGAAAACGGCUGUAGGGAGGAGCAGUACGUGUGCACACGGCUCUACUCUAUCAACAAACCGUGCAAGGAGUGCAUCAAGAGCCUCUGCUUCUACCGGAGUCUGAGAGUCUACGUCAUCAACAAAGAGAUUUGCGUUCGGACUGUCUGUGAACAAGACGAGAUUCAGAAGGCGGCACUGUGCAAGGACAAGUUCUCACGAUGUGGGGCGAUGGCCUCGUCAGGACUUUGUGGAGUCAUGAAGAACUCCUGUGGAAGGAGCUGCGGAGACUGCUAGGACACUCACCUACCACUCACCUACCACUCACCUAACACUCACCUAACACUCACCUAACACUCACCUAACACUCAUCUACUCACCUACCACUCACCUACCA